CGGAUGCGCAUCCUCUCUGCUCCCGGACCUUCCCGCAGCUUCUCUUGCUUACUGGUUAAAGGUGCGUGCUGCGUGCUGCAAAGCAUGAACCGACUCAUGAAAGUUGUCCUCCACUUCCACACCAACAUGGAACAUGCUCAGUCACGCACCCUCCCUAUAGAGUCAGAGCACUUAUAUUGAAGCUAGAGACAAGAUAUUUGUAUAAUUUCUGUGUUGAGAUUAAAACAUAUGGCAAUGAAGAAAGAGACAGAAUCUGGGGUUUUCAUCUGAAGAAAAUGACAGACAACAACCAAACCUGUGCUGCAGGCCAGGCCUCCAUGCCCUACAUGACUUGUUUGAUUCACAUGCUUGAGCAGUGGCUGGGUGUGGAGCAGUUGGAGGACUAUUUGAAUUUUGCAAGCCAUCUCUUGUGGGUUUUUACUCCACUGAUACUUUUAAUACUCCCUUACUUUACCAUCUUUCUUCUCUACCUUACUGUGGUUUUCCUGCACAUCUAUAAGAGGAAGAAUGUGUUAAAGGAAGCCUACUCUCAUAAUUUAUGGGAUGGCGCAAGGAAAACAGUGGCCACUCUGUGGGAUGGACACGCAGCGGUUUGGCAUGGUUACGAAGUUCAUGGGAUGGAAAAGAUACCGGAAGGACCAGCGUUGAUCAUUUUUUAUCAUGGAGCGAUUCCCAUAGACUUUUACUACUUCAUGGCUAAGAUUUUCAUCCACAAGGGCAGAACAUGCCGAGUAGUAGCUGACCACUUUGUCUUUAAAAUCCCAGGGUUCAGUUUAUUACUAGACGUAUUUUGUGCUCUUCAUGGGCCAAGAGAAAAAUGUGUUGAAAUCCUGAGGAGUGGCCACUUGCUGGCUAUUUCACCAGGAGGAGUCCGAGAAGCCUUGCUCAGUGAUGAAACCUACAGCAUCAUCUGGGGUAGCCGGAAAGGCUUUGCGCAGGUCGCCAUUGAUGCGCAAGUGCCCAUUAUUCCUAUGUUUACACAAAAUAUUCGAGAAGGAUUUAGAUCACUUGGAGGAACAAGAUUAUUUAAGUGGCUUUAUGAAAAAUUCCGCUAUCCAUUUGCUCCAAUGUAUGGAGGUUUUCCUGUAAAGUUGCGGACCUUCUUAGGUGAUCCCAUUCCAUAUGACCCAAAGAUAACUGCUGAAGAAUUAGCUGAAAAGACCAAGACCGCCCUUCAGGCUUUGAUUGAUAAGCACCAAAGGAUACCGGGCAACAUCAGGAGUGCUCUGCUGGACCGCUUCCAUAGCGAGCAGAAGGCCGAUUGAGAGACAAUGUAGUGAGUCUCUAGUGACGAGCUCACAGCUGCAGUGCUGUCUUAAAUUUUUUAGGUUGUAUAAUAGUGUUUUUAAAGCAUCAUGUUAAUAAGUAUCUUUCUUAGAACUUGUUUAUUUAAUUUAUAUUGUUAAUCUUGUCCUUUCAAUCAGUUGUGUCAAAUUUAUACGUAACUCAUUACUUGCCUGACUCAGAAAGUGAUCAUGUUGCAUUUGCAAUCUUUAGUAGUAUAUGAUAAGCAUAGAGUCUUAGUAUUAAGUCUUUCUUGAUAUCAGCAGGUUAAGCAGACUUUUCUAAAUUAUGUCUGCCGUGCCGAUCUGAACAUUAGGGGCGCAUGCAUUAGGUGUAGCACUGAAUUUAGGUGAGAGGUGCCUGUGUCUGUCUGUCUGUCUUCAUUCCAUUCACAGCUGCGGGUAAGUUGUGGAAUGCUUUUGUACCUCAGCGAUGUAAGCAUGAUAAUAUUGUGGUGAUGAACAUGACUUUGAGCUGCUUAUGUCCACUGUGCUAUCUGUAGUGUGAGAGAUGUAACUGAACUGAUUCCUGAGCCCUGAAGGAGUUAGGGACAUUUGUUUUUGUCCAUUGAGUGUAACAAUUCCUUCAGGUGUGAUGUCCAGUUGCCAAGCACAUUGAAAGAGCUGUACUGUUUUAUAAAUCAAGACAUUGUUAUUUCUUUAGUAUUUAUUUUAAACAAGUAUCUAAGCAAACAUAUAGACUAAGUUGUCAGCAUGGUGUUUUAUGGGGUAAGGAUAGAAUCACGGUCACAUUCCGCAGUUCGCGUUAGAAGCUGAUUCUAGGCUAAGGAAUAAGGAACAAGAAAACUCUAAUUUUGCUUAAUAUCCUGGUUUGUUUUGCUGUGCUCUGCAGCCAGUCAUGUGGCUUACUAUUUUAGUAAAAUGUACUUGAAUGAUGAAUUUUUGUAAACACGGAGUUCUCUGAAAAUGUAAUGGCAUUUGAUUUGUUGUCUCCCUAAAAACUGAUUUUAAAAGUAUUUAAACAGCAAAGUAUCAUAAAUCCUCUGCAGUAUGUCUCUUUCCAUCUUUGUAGUACUUGGGUUUUAUAUGAACUUUUUAAUCACAAGUGUAUAUUUAUGAUAUAUAUAAAUAUAUAAAAUGUAUAUAGAAAUGAUGUAAAAAAUAAAGGUGAAUUGU